CUGGCCCGGCCGGGUCGGCGCGUCUCCUUCUCGGCCCGCACCGCGGGCAGGCGGCGAGCCGGCCGCGGCGGCCGCAGGUGGAUGCCCUCGGCCCGGCAUGGAGCAGGCCUGCGAAGUGAGCCGCCGCAGCUGCCUCGUCCCCUUCGGCACCUCGCUGGCGGCAGCCGAGGCCAAGGGCGGCCCCGAGCCGCCCGCCAUGCAGCUGGCGGCCGCCAAGCCCGUGUACGGCCAAGAUCCCUCGUCCUGCUACAUCCCUCUGCGCCGGCUGCAGGACCUGGCCUCCAUGAUCAACGCCGAGUACCUCGGCGGCGCUGCCGACGGUGCUGAGGCCCUGCCCGACCCCGGCUCGCCACCACCCCGCCUCCCCGCUGCGCAGGACCCGGCGGCCGGCGUCGACGGACCCGGACCUGCGGCCGAGGCGCCCCGCGGGGCCUUCGCCUUCCCUCUGCUCCUGCGGGACGACGGCGGAGAGGAGGCGGAGGAGGAGGACCCUGAGACGCCGGAGGAGGAGGACGAAGACGACGACGACGACGAGGACUACGACGAAGAAGAGGAGGUGGACGCGGAGGAGGAGGAGGCGGCCGAGCCCGUCUCCCGGAGCCGAGGCCGCUCCGGGCCGCAGCAGGGCCCCGGAAGCCCUCCGCCGCCACUCUUGCAGCCGGUCGAGCUGGUGCCGAUUACGGUGCCGGACGGCGGCCCCGGGGAGAAGCCGGAGUCUUCCGCCGCGGCCCUUCAGCUCAUCCAAGCCAAGAAGAAAUCUACUCCAGUGAAGUAUGAAGUUGGGGAUCUUGUUUGGGCCAAGUUCAACAGGCGCCCAUGGUGGCCAUGCACAAUUUGUCAUGACCCAGUGCUGGACUGUCACUCAAAAAUGAAAGUUUCCAAUCGGAGACCGUACCGAGAGUACUACGUGGAUGCCUUAGGAGAGCCUUCAGAGAAAACCUGGGUUGCUGGGAAAGCUAUUGUCCUCUUUGAAGGAAGACAUCAAUUCGAAGAGCUGCCUGUUCUUCGGAGAAGAGGAAAGCAGAAGGAAAAAGGCUACAAACAUAAGGUUCCUCAAAGAUUUAUGGCUAAAUGGGAGAGCAGUGUUGGACAGGCAGAAGACAUUCUUCUUGGAGGGCCAGAAGAUCAGAAGUCCAGCCAGAACUCCAGUGAGCUGGACAGCGAGAAGGAAGUGCAGUUGGAAUAUUAUACCAAUGGCCCUGGAGCGGAAGGUGACAGGCAGCUCAAUGGCUGUUUUAAGUCCUUGACUUUAGACUCCAGACACCCAGCCAGGGAAAAAGGAAAAUUGCACAUUAAGCCACACAUGAAAAAAAGCUCUGACAGCAGAAAAAGGACUAGAGUAAAAAAGAGUGGUGCAAGAGGGGAAGGAUCUGCUGGAGAACUCAAAGAGAAAACAACAGACAGCUUAGUUCGAAACAUGAUGAUUGGGGACCUACCAGACAAACAUGCGUCUCAUGAGCUUCGCCGGAUUGCCAACAGUUUAACAGGCUCCAGUAGCACCAGGGAGAAUAAUUUGCUUUCCUCCUUUGGAGAAAGACGUUUUGAAAAGACUGCUUUGAAACCGGACUAUGAGAAUCGUAAAAGUGAUGCUCUGAAGAACAAUCUCCAAGGAGAUUUGUUUUCAAGUGCAUCUUUGGAGAGGGAAAAGAGUUCCCUGGGCAUUUUGUGCAGUUCCAAAUUACAGAUACACUAUUCUGCAUCUGAUGCUGGUAUUGAGAAAAAGCAAACUGAGUCUGAUUCAUCCUCUUCCCUCUCAGAUGGUGGGAACAGUGACGUAGAUACCAUGGACCAAAGUUCAGAGAGAGCUUCUAGUGCUCUUGAAGUUAGUGAUUCUUCAGAUAAGAUGGAGAAGGAAUUUCCUAUGACGUCAAGUGGAAACAUCAAGCUUUCCAUGUAUCUUUCUCAGAAGAGCAACAGAAGGGCCAGGAAGAAGUCGUACAGAGACCGCAAAUCUCUGGGAGGUUCAGUAAUCAGCAGACUUGAUGCUGAAUUUGCAGAUGGGGAGCUUGAAGUGGGCUUCUCUGAUGCUGAGAUGUCAUUGACAGCUCUUGAGUGCUCUUCAGAUGCGAGAAAUGACAAUCUUUCCCCAGCAAACAAGCACACUACUCCCCAAAGUGUUUCCAAGGACAGCUCCUGGCCUGCUGUUGAAAAUCAAGCAAUCUUAAAACCGAAAAGCACGAAACUGUCCCGAAUCAGGAGUAUAAAAUGCAAACAUAAAGAAAAGGUUGCUGAGUUGGAGCCUCCUCUUGCAGAAGAGGAGGGUGGUGUGAAUCGCUGCUCUUCUGAUACCAAAGGUUUCUCUGGCCUUCAGAGAGAUUCUCUUCAGAGUGGUGGAAAAGUUGAUGCUCAGAAACUGUUAAACAACACGCAUGAGAAACCCAGGGAUUCUGCUGAAAUAGAAACAGCCGUGGUAAAACACGUCUUGUCAGAGCUGAAGGAGCUGUCUUACCGGUCCAUGAACGAUGAUGCCAGUGACUCUGGCACUCCAAAGGCCUCAGUACCUUUACUUUUCUCUUCUGCCUCUGGUCAUGGUCGUUUGCCUAUUGAGCCAGAUUACAAAUUCAGCACCUUGUUAAUGAUGUUGAAGGAUAUGCAUGACAGUAAGACAAAAGAGCAGCAACUGAUGACUGGUCAAAAUAUAGUUCCAUUUCGAAAUACCAGCACAGCUGAUGGUUCUGGAAGCAAUUCUGCGAGUGGUCUGAAGUCCUUGUCUAUUGUAGGUCCCUCAUAUAAAAUUGAAAAAAAUGGAGAUUGUGUCCAGGAAACAGUAAAUCCAAACUCCGCUCUAAGCAACUCCUCAUUUUCACGCAAUCCUCCAACCAAGUUGACGGGGAUUGGUGCUGGUAAAAGGGAGCCCACGAGUACUGCUGUUUCGGGGACAAAAGGCACCAAUUGUGUGUCCAAACGCAACUGUUCAAAAUCUAAGCAGUCAUCAAAGCUUGGCGAUAAAACGGUUUCAAACAGAAAGGACUUAAAACCAGGAGGGCCAAGUAAGUUACUAAGUCGGUUAUCCAGAGGUUCAGGAGAACGUGCAUUCCACGUUCACGGUUCGGUUACCAGUCCUCUAGGUAAUGGAGCAGAAGAUACUGAGAGGAAACAGUCAACAGAGUCUAUUGGUUUAACAGAACAUUCAACUGAUGAAGACUCUGCCUGUUUAUCUGAUGACAAUUUAGGUCGUAUUGGAAGGAGACCUGAAGCUGGUAGAAAUAUUGAGAGCUGCAUUUCUACUGCAAAUGGGGAGAGUCCAGACUUGGAUUCAGAGGCAAAUAGUGAGAGCUCUCUUGGUGAUGAGUCUAAUGAUGUAAAUCACGUAGCACCCAAAAAGCGAUGGCAGCGUUUUAACCAAAGCAGUGCUAGAUCUAAUAAGCACACCAGUAGAUCUAGGGAACAAGGAAACUUGGAGAGUGCCUUUGGCCUGAAUUCUCGUGGCUUUUCACGGAAGGGAAAUGAGUGCUUGGUUCGUAGGCAUUCCCCUCAUACAAAGGUGCUUGAGGGAGACCUUGCAGAUCAGGACUGUAAGAAUCAUUUAGACUUAGCUGAGAAACGUUUGAAUGUAUGUGGUAAGCCAAACAACAGUGUGAUGGACUCAGAAACAGAGCUUGGCAACUUUGCUCCCCAGUCUGAAUUCUCUGCACAAGUACAUUCAGAGAGGAAACGCCUUAGAAAGCCAAGUAAACGGCUUCUGGAAUAUGCAGAAGAAUAUGAUCACUUAUUUGCACCCAAGAAAAAAUCAAAGAAGGGCCAGGAGCAAGCGCAAAAGGUGAACUCUGUGGUGAGGUCUGAGUUUGAAGGAGGUCUUCCUGCACAGUGCAGUCCUGACAGAGCUACCCAGCGGGGGCCCAGUCCUUUGGUUUCAACUCCAUCUUCAACCAAAGAGUCCCCUCCCAUCCUUGAAGCAGAGUGCUCCUUAUCAGAACUAGGAUCCCACUCCACUAAUCCCACUGAUCAACUUCUAGAAGGACCUUCAGAAUCUCUGGAGCUGGUGCUGUGUUCCUCAGAUGCUUCUGAAGUUUCUGCUUCUCCAGAUGCAGAAGAGAGAUUCGUGAAAUCAGGAAACUUCGAAAGCAAGCGUCAGAGGAAGCCCACUAAAAAGCUCUUGGAAUCCAAUGAUUUGGACACUACCUUUAUGCCAAAGAAGGAGGAGUGGACUCCCCCAAAGAAGGGUACUGGCCUCUCAGAGAGCGAGAGCUCUGAACUCUACUCACCAGCCCACUUGUCAGAGCUGGGAGAAGCUUCUGAAAAACUCUUGGAGAAGCAGCGGAAGCGGAAGAGACAGCGCCAUACCUCUACUGCAAUGCAUUCCAAGAAGGAGAGAAAUGAGGAGGGGCAGGGGGAGACCCCACACUCUGAGGGGGAGACAUCAGUUCAUGGGACUGCUGCCAGCCCCAAAGAGGGAAAUGAAGAGGGGUCAGAGAACGACCAUGGCGUGCCUUCAUCUAAAAAGAUGCAGGGGGAGCGUGGAGGAGGAGCAGCUCUCAAGGAGAAUGUGUGUCAGAUCUGCGAGAAGCCAGGGGAGCUGUUGCUGUGUGAGGCACAGUGCUGUGGUGCUUUCCACCUGCAGUGCCUUGGGCUCUCCGAGAUGCCAAAGGGCAAAUUCAUCUGCAAUGAGUGUUCCACAGGGGUCCAUACCUGCUUUGUGUGCAAGAGCUGUGGGGAAGAUGUAAAACGGUGCUUGCUGCCCCUCUGUGGGAAGUACUACCAUGAAGCCUGUAUACAGAAGUACCCACCUACAGUCACGCAGAACAAGGGCUUCCGAUGCUCCCUGCACAUCUGCAUGACUUGUCAUGCUGCUAACCCAACAAACAUCUCUGCAUCUAAAGGCCGCCUGAUGCGCUGCGUGCGGUGUCCCGUUGCUUACCACUCCAAUGACUUCUGCCUUGCUGCUGGCUCCGUGGUGCUCGCCUCCAACAGCAUCAUCUGUCCCAACCACUUCACUGCACGACGGGGCUGCCGCAACCACGAGCACGUCAACGUCAGCUGGUGCUUUGUCUGCUCGGAAGGGGGCAGCCUCUUAUGCUGUGAGUCGUGCCCGGCUGCGUUCCACCGUGAGUGUCUAAACAUUGAGAUGCCAGAGGGAAGCUGGUAUUGUAAUGAUUGCAAGGCAGGCAAAAAGCCACACUACAAGGAAGUAGUCUGGGUGAAAGUUGGGCGCUACAGGUGGUGGCCAGCUGAGAUCUGCCAUCCUAGGACAAUUCCUGUCAACAUCCAGAAGAUGAAACAUGACAUCGGUGAAUUCCCUGUGCUGUUCUUCGGCUCCAAGGAUUACCUGUGGACUCACCAGGCCCGUGUGUUCCCUUACAUGGAAGGUGAUGUGAGCAGCAAAGACAAGAUGGGAAAGGGCGUGGAUGGCAUAUACAAGAAAGCUCUUCAGGAAGCUGCAGUAAGAUUUGAAGAGUUGAAGGCACAGAAAGAACUGAGACAGCUUCAGGAAGACAAAAAGAACGACAAGAAACCGCCUCCGUACAAACACAUCAAGGUGAACCGGCCGGUGGGUAAGGUGCAGAUCUUCACUGCAGACCUGUCUGAGAUACCACGUUGCAACUGCAAACCGACAGAUGAAAACCCAUGUGGCCUGGACUCUGAGUGUAUCAACCGCAUGUUGCUCUAUGAAUGCCACCCCCUGGUGUGCCCUGCUGGGGAGCGCUGCCAGAACCAGUGCUUCUCCAAGCGACAGUAUCCUGAGGUACAGAUUUUCCGCACACUGGCACGAGGCUGGGGCUUACAAGCCAAAACAGACAUCAGAAAGGGUGAAUUUGUUAAUGAGUAUGUUGGGGAGCUGAUUGAUGAGGAGGAGUGCCGAGCUCGAAUCCGCUAUGCUCAGGAGCAUGACAUCACCAAUUUCUACAUGUUGACACUGGAUAAGGAUCGAAUCAUUGAUGCUGGGCCAAAGGGCAAUUACGCUCGGUUCAUGAACCAUUGCUGCCAGCCAAACUGUGAGACUCAGAAGUGGUGUGUGAAUGGCGACACGAGGGUCGGGCUCUUCGCAAUUGUAAAUAUCAAAGCUGGGACUGAGCUGACUUUCAACUACAAUCUGGAGUGUUUGGGAAACGGAAAAACCGUUUGUAAAUGUGGUGCCCCAAAUUGCAGUGGCUUCCUAGGAGUACGGCCAAAGAGCCAGCCCAACCUCAAUGAGGAAAAGUCCAAGAAGCUAAAGAGACGGCCACAGAUGAAGCGCAGGUCGCAGGCAGAGGUGAUGAAGGAGCGAGAGGACGAGUGUUUCAGCUGUGGGGACGGAGGGCAACUGGUUUCUUGUAAGAAGCCAGGCUGCCCCAAGGUGUACCAUGCAGACUGCCUCAACCUGACCAAGAGACCUGCAGGAAAAUGGGAGUGCCCGUGGCAUCAGUGUGAUGUGUGUAGUAAGGAAGCAGCUUCCUUUUGCGAGAUGUGCCCCAGGUCCUUCUGCAAGCAGCACCGGGAAGGCAUGCUCUUUAUCUCCAAGCUGGAUGGACGUUUAAGCUGCACAGAGCAUGAUCCCUGUGGUCCUAACCCUUUAGAGCCAGGAGAAAUUCGUGAGUUUGUGCCUCCCAUAGAAGACCUGACUAAUGAUGAGGAAACCCAGCCACCGGAGCAGCCACCUGCAGACACAGACCUGAGCAUUCAGCCGCUGGACAGCCUCCCUCAGUCUGUGGCCCUCAGACUGCAGUCACCAGAAAAGCCCCCUGCUACCUUAGCGCUAAGGCUGCCAUCAUCAGACAAACCCCCCACCACCCUCGCCCUGAGGCUGCAGCCGUCAAACAAGCCCCCUACCACCCUGGCCCUCAAGCUGCCUCCACCUGACAAACCACCCGCUGCCCUGGCCCUGAGACUGCCACCAUCAAAUAAACCCCCCACCACCUUGUCACUGAGGCUGAAGCCAUCCAACAAACCCCCCACCACCCUGUCACUCCGGCUGCAGCCUUCAGACAAACCUCCCACCACCCUGUCACUCCGCUUGCAGCCAGCUGACAAGCCCCAGGCUGCCCUGUCCCUAAGGCUGCAGUCAGAGAAGCAGCCCAUCAUCUUAGCACUGAAGCCUCAGCAGCCUGACAAACCUCCCACCAAUGCGGUGCUCUGGCCUCUGGAUGAGUCCUCCAGUGAUGCCUCACAGCCUCAUCUGUCCAGCACAUCUCCAGGAUCUCCUCAGUCAUCAGAUGAGGCGCUGGUUACUGCUGGUGCCCUGCAGCUCCAGCUGUCAGAUGAGCCUCCUGCCACCCCUGGAGUUUUGACAUUACCAGACAAGUCUCUCCUUGACACCAGGAGCCAGCAGCCAGAGCUGCUGGAGGAGUUCCCUGCUGAAUGCCUGCAUCCUCAACUGUCGGACAGACAUCUUGCCACAGCAGGGACCCUGCAGUGCCAGCCGGUGGAUGAGCCUCCUGUGGCUGAGCAGAUUCAGCUGUUGGACGAAGCUUCUGCCCAGGGUCUGCAGACUCAGUCUGUGGAAAAGGCUCCCAGCUCUGUGGUGUCACAGGUGCCAGCAUUGGAGAUGGCUCCAGCUCCUGGAGUGCUGUGGCCUCUGCCCAUUGAAAAAGUCCCUGGCUCUGUGGUCUCACGGAUCCUGCCCAUGGAGAAGGCUUCUGCAUUGGUUGUUCCACGGCUCCUGCCUACAGAGGCUUCCUUCUCUGGGGUAGUGCGGGUCCCAGUCACAGAGAAGGCUCCGAGUUCUGAGGCAUCCUGUCCCCUGCCUCCAGAGAAGGCUCCUGCCUUGGGUGUGUCACGGACCCUACCCACAGAGAAGGCUCCCAGCUUAGUGGCACCAUGGCCCCUGCCUCCAGAGAAGGCCACUGGCUCCCGGUCACCUCACGUCCUGCCCAUGGAGAAGGCUCUUGGCUUAGGGGCCCUGCGCAUCCCACUCACACAGAAGGCACUCACCCCUGGGGUGCUGCGGCCGCUGCCUGCAGACAAGGCUGCCGAGACCGGGGCCCUGCGGGUCCUGCCUCCAGAGAAGGCUCUUGGCUCGGGGGUGGCUCGGCCUCAGCCCUUGGAGAGGUCUCUCACUCUUACAGCCCCGUGGCCCCAGGUGUCGGACAAGCUGGCUGCUGCCGUGGCCCCUCGACCUCAAGUCUUGGACAAGCCUCUGGCUGUGUCAGCUCCAAGGCUGCUGCUGUCAGAGAAGGCUCUGCGGCCCGUUGACCAGAAUGCUCAGCUGAAGGAGAGAGGAGCCCCAGCAGUAGAGCUGAGUCCCCAGCAGAAGGAGAGGACUAUGUUAGCUGGUGAGCAGAUCUCUUGGUCCGCUGGGAAGGCAGUGCUGCAUGUUGGACAGGUACCUUGGCCUACAGAGAAACUCCAGAUGCAUGAGCAAACCCACUGGCCCACUGCAAAAGCCCUGACGCCUGCAGAGCAGCCUCCCAGGACAGCAGAGAAGCUACCAGAGCCAACCCUUCAACCCAGCUGGGAAGUGGCCUCAGCCCCAGCAGAGCAAAACCCUUGGACAUCAGAGAGAUUAUGUGUGUUUGAGCAGACCCCUCGGCCAGCCAGGGAAGCACCAGUGCCCCAGGAGCAGAUGCAGUGGAUUGUCACGAACGUUCAGACUAUUGACCAGAUUACUUGGCUUAGUGGAAAAUCACAGACUCCUCGGGGGCAGGACCCUUUGCCUGAACAAAACACAGCGCUAGCCCGUAACCAGGAUUCUGUCUGUCGUGAGUUGGCCAACUCAGAGCCAAAGUGAGGUUGGUGAAUAUGGGAGGCAGGUUUCAGUCUUUCAGUGUUUAGGGAGGGGGAAUCAUUAUUUUGGUCUUCUGUUUUUAUUCACUUCCCUGAGCCCAGCCCCUAACCCGUGCACAUCCCAUCCAUAUUCUCUCGUGACACGAGCAAGGACAUUCUCUUAAGUCUGAGUGUGGCCCAGCCAAAGGAAGAGAGCAUCUGUGACCUUUUCCUCUUCCUUUUACAAAUGGUAAAGCUGAAAUAAAGAGUCCACUCUGGGUAAAAAUCUCCAGUUCCAUUGAAAUGGUCACAUUACUGAUGCAGUGUAUUCAAGCUCCAAGUCUGAUUCACAGGCAGGUUCCCAGGUACAGCCAGGGGCCUUGCUCUUCUUCCUGUAUUGAGAGUCAGGCUGCCCUGAGAGCGGAGCUGUUUCAGGAUCAGGCAGUGAGCAGUCGGGUGUAUGCUCGUGCUAGAUUCUGUAGCAACAGAGAAGGGGUUUAUCCAUCGUCUGCCCAGGUUUCUGUCCCUGCAGGGUGUUGCUUUGUGAGGUUUGUCCGUGUGUUCACCGGGACGUGUUGUGUGCAUGGUUCACUGAUGGACAGUUGUCAUCUCCAGUGGAGCCGGGAGAGGAGCUCGCUGCACUCAGUGCAGUUUACUCCAGCAAUAGACAGUAUCCAUUCAGGCGCCUUUGUACACAGCUGCACAUGGCCACGCCUGAGCAACAGAGAAUUUUAAGGAGGUCAGGGAAAAGAGAGACCUUGGAAGAAGACAUCUGGCAGUUUCUUCAUCCCUGUGUCUUAAUCCUUAAACACAGGACACACGGAGUGUUUCCUGCACUUGAAAACAUUGUGACCUGUAAAGCAGCAAUAGCAGAGCAGGGCAGAGUGGGUUUCCCCAAGGUGCUAAGCACCACCACGGCAGGGUGGUGGUGCUCCCUUUCAGAUUCCCAUCCAGUCUCUUCUUGACUUGUGUUGUCGCCAUGAGCCAGCAGACUGAGCAGUCUUUUCUCCCCUUACCCCAGACGCUUUCAGGACGUGUUCCCAUCGUACCUGGUCUUCGCAGCAGCAGGACAUGCUGCUGAGCUGCAAAUGAAGCCUGUACUGUUCGCUACGCAGUGUGGAGGCAAGGGUGCUGUAGCUGUAUCAAGACCCAUCUCGACACCAUCCCUUGGGUAGCUUCUGGUUUAACUCUUCUACAACCAAAGGAGACUUGAAUUAACUGGACUGUGUUUGUGCGUGUGUGUGUGUGCGUGUGUGUGUCCUUCCAACUGAAUAGUUCUCACACUGGAACACGGUGGGCUCCAGCAGCUGGCUGGCUUUCUUCUUUCCUCUUCUCCCUUUUCCAGUUAAGAUGCUUAGUACCUGGUGGUCAUCAGGCUGGUGUCCAGACUAGUCCUGCUGAAAGCUGUUCAUUCAUUCAAGCAUUGAAGCAGAAGUUCACUUGGCCGUGGUACUCGUGGGACAAGCAGUAGAGUCCCAGGGACCUGCAGAGCGGCACCUUGCGACUUCCAGCACCCACACAGGCAGGAGGAGGACGGACUUGGCCUCCCUGGUGGCGCUGCUCGGGCUGGAUGGGGCUGGUGUUGGGCCAAGGAAGCGCUGCUGACCAGCACACUCUCACAAUGCGUUACCUCUGUGGCUUGCCUGAGCUCCGCCAAUCCAGGCACCGCAGCUGCGGAUCUCCGUGCCCACCACCAGACCCUUGUGCAGCUCCAGUGUAUCCUUGUCCUUCCAGGCUGAUCUGCGGGUCCCUCUGUGGAAGGAGGAGCACUAGCUCCAGGCUGACCCUCUCCCUCUGACAUGGGAGCAGAUCUUUGUUCCCACCUGGCUAGCAAGUGCCUGCUGCUCCCAGAGCAGAUGGUCACGAGCUUUGUGGUUUACUAUGAAGGGAGGCAGGCACUUGUGCCGAGACAAACCCAGAUCCAUUCUCCUUUCCUGAUGUACGCACCCCAAGACGAAUGUCCUGCUGUUAAAGCCCGGGUGUGCUGGGCAUGAAAGGACAUUACCAGUGCUGUGGUGCAUCUCUUCUCCAGUCCAAAUCAUUUCAGAUCCUUUGUAGAAUAGCUGGUGACUUCAAACAGCUUUAUGGCUUAUGGAAACUUCCUGUUUGAUGUUGGGUUUUUUUCCAGGAAGACUGGCAGGUCAGUUCCUGCUUGCUGCUGAAACUGGGGAAACGCAAGCAGCUUGCGUUCCUGUGUGACUCCUGCACAAAGGGAAUCAGGACGACUCCUCAGAGAGAGAAGAGAAAUCUAAGGGCAUUCAUUCAUUUUUUUUAAACAAAAUUUAAAAAGAAAAAAAAAAAGGCGCUGAUGUUUGGUCUCUUCAGUAUUUAUCAUGUGUGAGAAGGAAAAUAAACCUCGACUUUUCCUUUAUAGCCCUUCCCGUGAGCUGGACUUAGUCAUGUAGAUGGUGUCAGUAGGGUUACCUCCAUGCCAGCCGCCCAGCCAGCUGUAGCUGUAACCAGAAGGGUGUCUGCACUGCUCUGUCCACCUCCGCUUCGCAUUGUCACGUGUUCACCAGUUCCUUGUUCCAUGAAAAAUAAUAAACUGUGAAUAUUUUUGGUGCAGGCUUUUUUAAAUCUGUAAAAUGGAGACGUUCUCUUCAGUGCAGGUUUGAAAAACUCCCUUCUGUCCGUGGUGUGCUCGCCCUGGGGUGAGGUUCGUGGCAGCAGCAGCCUUUCACGCAGCAGGCUCUUCCCCAAAAGCUUGUUCUGAACAGUGAAUGUGGAUUGAACCGUUGCAUGGCAUUUCAAACCCACAGCCUUAUUGCUCACAUCCCACUGUACCCCACCUCUCUUCUUGUCUCCUUUCUUGCAUUUUCCAUGUGCAUCCAGGUUUUGGGCUUUUACUGCUUCUCGGCUACUGUCGGGAAGUUGAUUUCAGCGUAGCUGGGAGGUUGCUCAGUAAAAUUGGCAUUUGGAAACAUCAUUGCAGGGGGAAGCCAGUGAGCUGCUUUACCUCCUCACCCUCCUUGGGCCUCUGGGCAAUGCUCUGUCAGAUCAGGAGGGCUUUUCAGGUGCACCCAGGGCUUGCAAGAGUAGUGGUGCUGUUAGGAAUGGCUGGCUGUGCUGGGCCACCUCAGCAGGGCCUGACCAGACAUGGAGAUGGGUCCCAGCAGCCCAGCCCUGCCCUGCCUGCCUUCAGCAGCAGGGAGCAGGAGCCAAGCUACAGUUCUAGGCAAGAAAACCCCCACAAAGGAGAUGUGGGCUUCUGCAGCACUUGAGGUGAUUCAUGCUGUUGGUGGCUCCUUGGAGGAGGAGAGGGCGAUGUCUGUACUUGAAGUAGUUGGGUUCAUUUGUGCACUUCGCUGCCUUCAGAGUUGAGCCAGUUUGAAUCACGGGGUUUUAAGGCAGAAGAACACAGCAGAUUAACACGUGCUCUGCAGACUGCUCCUGCAGGAGAGGAACUGCUGCAGCUCUGCUCCAGCUUCCCUGAGCCCUUGCCCUGGGCUAGGCCAGCUUUGCUACAGCUUCAUGACCAAGGCCAUGGUGGUUUUCUGCUGUGUUGGAGGGAUCUGAUUGAUCACUUGGCCACUAUCAGCGGUAAUUGCACCCGAAGUGUGUGAGGUCACUCUUGUGUUGAUUCAUGGUUGUGGAGAGUUAUGGAAGCAGAAUCAAGGGUGUCAUUAUUUCUGCUCAGAGCUCUGUCCUCUUCCCUGCUGUCCCAGGAAGGCUCAAGGGAACUUCACAGGCUCUUGAGCUCAUCCCUGCUUUAGGACUGGCUCCACUUUACCGGUUCUGAAGGAGAUGAAGGGUUUGCUCUGCUGGUCAACAUCCCUGCUGUCAGGAUAUAGCUUGACUGCCCCUGCUCCGAGCAGAGGGCUGGGGUCCCUGGCUGUGGCCUCCAUCACACAGCAGGACCCACAGUAGUGGAUUUCCACACUGGGCAGGAGAGUCCCAGCUAACAUUGGAGAUGGAGGAGGGCCUCUUGCCAGCCAGAGGUAAAGUGAAUCUAGCAGAAAAGAGACCACUGUAAGGGAUAGUCCCCUCGUGCACAUCUUCAGAUACCACCUAGUUCGUGGUAGCUUGCUUUAUUGCUGUUCUCAAGUUAAAACUCCUUGUAUUCAACAAAAUAAACCUCACAAGAACCAGAUUCACUUCAAUGCACAAGGUAUCUGGGUGGUACUGCGGGAGCAGGCACUAAUUCAGGGUCAAACCCCCUGCAGGCAGAGGCUUUGCUUUCAAAGUGGCUGUGGUUGAAAUUCCGGAGCUGGGAUAGUUGGAUCUGAAGGACAGUAACUGACUGAGGUGAAAUGGUGUGGACUGAGGGUGCUAGAGGAGCUUCAGCUCAGUUUCACAGAAUAAAAGGAAGAAAAAGCAGCUCUAAUGCUGAUGCUUCUCGGCAGAGGUUUAACGUGAACGUGCUGUGGAUGUGCACUGCUCCUCCCUGACACCAUAGCCAGUGUUGGGAUAAGGCAGGGGGAGUUUGUGUGAGAAACCUCAGACCUUCAAUGCUUUCCAUUUAUUUUUCAUUUCAGCCUUAACUUCUGAUUUUGCUUGGUGUUGGGAAUAACCAUAAUUGUAACCUGCUUGUAAUGUGCUUUGCCCUAAAUUACUGAUGAGGCUUUUCAGCCUUUGCCAGCCAGUGAGUGUUAAAGCAAAGUGGCAAACCCUGCAGCUGCUCUGAGAGUACAGAGGGGGCCUGGGCUUUGUGCUAACCCCUCCCCUGCGAUAGUGGUAACGCUGGUGGCAGCAUGUGCAGCCAAGGCCGUGCCUCCUGCAGCAGCACGGCCGGGCUGAUGGGUGCUUGGAGCUCAGGAUGUGGGAUGCUGGAGCUUGGGGACCACGCCACCGCUUGUCUGGCUUCAGCAGGAGUCUCGCCUGGGGGUGGCAGUGUCCUCGCAUAGCAGGAGCUGGGAAAAAGGCAAGAUUCCUACUCCAGGUGGAAAUCCCUGGGUGGGAUUUUCCAAGUGGAAAUUCCAGGGUGGAAGCCCCAAUGGCACUGAAUCUACCUCCUAGGGAAAUCUGAGAAAUGGGUGUUGCUAUGUCCUAUUUCAAGGUAAAGUUUUAAUCAGUUUGCCCUUGGCGAAGCACUUGGGCUAUUGUGGUGCUAUUGUAAACCAUGGGCAGCUCAGCGCAGUAGGGCUGAACUCGGCUUCAGGCCCACAGUGUGGAGGUUUCUUUACCAAUCGAAUCCCAUCCCAAUAGCUGGGGCUGGGCUUCAGUGUAUGUGAUAGAAACAGGAUGAGUUGUGACUUGGUUCCUUCAAUUCAGGAUGGUUUUGAGACUCAAACCAGUGUGCCAGUGGACCCCGUGGGCAGAGGGAGCCAGUGGAGCCACGUGAAGCAAGGCAGGCAUCCGCUAACUGCAUGUUCUUUGUGUCUGUUUGGUACUGAGCUGGUUUCAGGUUUUUAUUGGGUUUUGUUUCUUUUUUUCUUUCUGAUGUUUCCAAGUUGUUGACUUCAAAGAACUGGGGUUUGUGGAUUUUCUUUAGACACUGGGAACUUGCUAUAAAGCAAAGCAGCAGCACCGGGAGGCUCAAGGUGGAGCACGGCUGGUGCUGAGGCUGGGAGGAGGUCAGAUGUGUUGGCAGGGAGCAGCUCUCCCUGUGAUGGGCAGAAGCUUUUCAGCAGCAGCUCUCCUGGCCCUCUUUAACCGUGGUGCCAGGUUCACCACCCCCCAGCCUGCUCCCCUCCAGACACCGAUUGUGUCGGAUACUGCGCCUGGCUUCAUGUCCCCAUCUGAGCUCCAGUGCCACGGGUGCUCACUGGGCUCCUGGCAGCCGGCUACGCUGGGGGCUUCCAGGGAAGAGGGAUGUGGGGAGGGGUCACCUGUAGCAGCAGCACAAGUUGUGCUGAAGCCGUGAGCAGGUUUGCUUGGAGGAGUGGGGAGCCAUGGUGUGAACAGCCCCACAGUGCGUUCCUCCCCUCUGAGGUGUGCUGCCCGUGGGGUGGCGGCGGGAGGGAUUUCACGUGCAGGGUUCCAUUUGGAGGGACGGGCAGUGGGCACUGAGGUGCCCAGCUUGAGGCAGGAGCCAGCCGUGGCUGGGACUUGUUGGUCGGUUCUAAGCAAGGAUGCCAGAGCGGGUGAGACCUACGUAUUUCCAGCAUGUAUCUUAUUUUGGGAAGAGGGGAGAGUCUUGGACCAUUGAUUACUUUCAUUUUGCUCCCCUUAGACUGGUGGCUGUGUAUGUGAAACUUAAAAUGAAAAGAGGGUUGCCCUGCCCAGGUGCUCCCAGAACAUGUACUGUAAUUCUUUGUAUAUAGAAGAAAAAUUACUGUAAAGUAAAGUUUAACUUUACUCUCGA